CCAUUUUCAUUCGUGUUCGGCGGUGGGCUGCUGCGUGACAGUGUGCCCUACGUGUGUGACACAAAAUUCUAUUUUUUUGAUUUAUUCAAAAGAUUCCGAGCAAAUUCAAUUACUUGCGUCGAUCGCCUGUGCAGUGCCAAUAGCGAUAGCGAUAAAAAGCGUAUAAAAGUGUCGAAUUUUGCUAGUUUUUUUUAUCGAGAAAAAAAAGCGAUCGUCGAAGAAGAAAGUGCGAUGGCUGGAAAAACGAACGAAGAAAUUGAGAAGCAAGAAGACGGCACCGAGCAGAACCACGCCGAUCAAAAUGCCGUAGUCGAUCCAGAGUGUUUGAUAAAGCAUCCGCUGCAGUUUACCUGGACACUGUGGUAUUUGGAACCGGACCGUUCGAAAACUUGGGAAGAAACUCUGAACGAGGUUACCAGCUUCUCAACCGUAGAGGACUUCUGGAGCCUAUAUAAUCACAUCAAGGGCCCGACCGACAUCAAGAUGGGCAGCGAUUACUGUUUAUUCAAGGCCGGCAUCCGUCCGAUGUGGGAAGACGAGGCCAACAAGCGGGGCGGCCGAUGGAUGGUGAAUGUGCCACGACAGCAGCGCCAGGAGCUGGACAAAUUCUGGCUCGAUACGAUUUUGUGUCUGAUUGGUGAAGCAUUCGAAAAUCCGGAAGAAAUUUGCGGCGCUGUUAUCAAUGUUCGACAGAAAACCGAUAAAAUCGCAAUCUGGACAUCCAACUAUAGCAGUCGCGAAGCGAUUCUAUCGAUUGGCCGCAUCUACAAGGAACGAUUAGGACUGAAAAAUCAGAUCACGUACCACUUACACAAGGACACGAUGGUGAAAUCCGGUUCGAGCGUUAAAGCCGUCCACACGAUGUAGAUUGCGGUGCGCGGCGAUACCAGCCAUCAUCCGUUGGUGUUCUUUAGUGAUCGUUGAUUUGACUCUUAUUAUUUUUCUCUGCCCUUUUACCCACGCAACCAGCGAAUUAUGCCGCGAGAAUUUGCCUGCAAUCAUCUUGGGCUGCCCUUUUUCUCUCGCUUAAACAAAAACUUAUCAUUUAUAGGAAUCCCGAGUUGAACUCUUAAUAGAAACACACGUAUUUAUAUUCAAUUAUAACGUUAAAUAAAUGAAUUUAUACGAUACGCAUUGUACUAACAAAAACAAAUUAUAGGGCCUUGGUGUGUGUGGUUUAAUCAGCCCUACCGCCAGGGAGAACGGAUAGGGCAUGUGGAAAAAAGGGAAUCACGAUAAACGAUGUAAAAACAUAAAAUUCGAUUUAGUUAUGUGAAAGGCAAACUUUCACUUUUGUUUAAUGGAUUUGUUACAAUCGAAGAUGCAUGCAUCUAGAUAAUGACUUCUUAUUAUGAUUUGAAAUGAAAAAAAAAAACAAGAAAGAUCAAUAGGUUGGAUCUUGUGCUUAUUUACUUUCCUAGAAUAGAAAUGGUUUGUUAUAUAGAGCUGCAACUGCAGGAAUAUAUACAAUUGAACCAGAAACAGUUUGAAAUUAUUGUUUAUUGAUUACAACGGAUUAUCAACUAAUAAUUCACAAUAAUAAUAGUUAUCUAUGCCUAAUUUUUAUUAUAAACAAAACUGAAUGAUUUUGUAAAACCAUUCAUUAUACUUGCUUUUCU